AAAUUGUUAUGAAACGGAUUGGAAACCCACCCCCCUUCCCUUCGGCCUUCCUCCCUUUCCCAUAAACACAAUCAAUCCUCUCUUAAAUUUUCACACACACACACACACAUGGUGGUGGCUUCACACACUCCUCCUCCUCCUCCAUUGAUUUGAUUCACCAAAUCUGUCUCUCUCCCAAAACCAAAAGCACAGUGGGGCUGUGUUGUGCUGGGGGGUUUACGAUUCCAUGGCGUGAACGGCCCCCCAACCCCCAACCCCCGAUGUCGUCAUCUCUCUCCAAGCGCAAGCUCGACGAUUAUGCCGACGACGCCCUUCUUCUCCCCAUAAACCCUAUUAGGAUGAGAAAGGACCACUCUGCCCUCCCCUCCUCCUCCCGCUCCCGCCCCCGAUCAUCCCUCCCCGACUCCCUCACGCGCCUCCAAUUCUUCGUCCGCAUACUCUCUGACCACACCCUAGUCCUCCACGCCGACUCUACCGACACAAUCAAAUCCAUCCACGAGAAGAUUCAGGCCAUCACCGGAAUUCCGAUUAUUGAGCAGAGGAUCAUCUACCGGGGUAAGCAGCUCCAGUGGGAGCAGACUUUGGCCGACUGUCAAGUGCAGAACGAUGCCGGCCUCCACCUUGUCGGUCGUAUGCGCAGCACCGGACACCCGCUCGCCUGGCAGCUCAUCGACAGCGUCGUUUCUUCUAUUUUCGACCUCUGCAAGAACAACCCUCCGGCUUCGCAGCUUCUUGAUGCUCCCACCACUAAAACUGUGAAAGAAAUGCUGGUCGAGUUCUUGUCUAUGACUCCGCGGAUGGACCUUGACCAGGCAUCUGGCCAUUUGCAGAUUUUCAGUGCAUCUUCGGCACCCGCAGCUCUCGUGAUGCUCUAUAUGUCUUCUCAUAGACCCAAUAGGGCUGCCGCAGAUGAGGCCAUUAGACAGUUCAUCGCCUCCAGUAAGACUGCUCUGCCUAAGAAUAUGUAUCAUGAGUGUGUGCCUAUAAUUUUGGAAUUCUGUAAGUUGUUAAAGAGGGCAGCUGGAAUUGAUGAUCCAUUGUAUUGUUUGUGUCGAAGUAGUUUAGGGGCAAUGAUGGAGUAUAUUGAGGUUGGAGACCAGAAGGGUAAAAUUGAUGUUCGUGAUAUAUUUCCUUUUAUUAAUGAGUUAGCAGCUAAACUCUCCCAUGAUUUGGUCUUAAGCAUAGAGUCAAUGCCUUUUCCGGGGCCUUCAUUGAGUGAUAUAAAUGAUUUCUCUUCAUUUGUGGCACCAGUGAGGAAUGGGAUUAAGGGAAAUGCACGGUUUCUCGGUCCAAUUCGAGUUCCAUUGAGUGAGGAUCUUCGUGGCGUACCACAUGGUUAUGCAGAUGAAAUUGGAAUUUUGUAUUCAAUUUUUGAUGAUUUAUUGAGUAAACUAGAGAUGUGUUUGGUGGAAACUGAGGCUCGUAUGAACAGUGAUUUGAAACAGGAUACUGACAACCUUUGUGUUGGAUCGUGUCAUUACCUUGCUAUUCUGAAGGAACUUAAUAAUAUUUCAAAAAUUUACAGUGGCUGUGAAGGUUUAUUUUGGGAAAUGAUGAAGAAGAGAAAGGGAGCUUUCUGUUAUCUUAUUGUCAGGUGUGCAAAGAGAAGUGAGGACCAUAAUUGGAUUCUUGAGUGUAAGGAAGUGACCAACUUUGAAGCAAGGAGACAUUUAGCAAUGAUGAUGCUUCCGGAGGUGAAGGAUGAUUAUGGGGAGCUGCAUGAGAUGCUCAUUGACCGCUCUCAAUUGUUGGCAGAAUCAUUUGAAUACAUGAAACAUGCAGAUAUUGAUUCCUUACGCGCUGGUUUAUUUAUGGAGUUCAAGAAUGAGGAAGCCACUGGCCCUGGUGUCCUUCGGGAGUGGUUUUUCUUGGUAUGCCAAGCAAUUUUCAACCCUCAAAAUGCCCUCUUUGUUGCUUGCUCUAAUGAUCGUAGAAGGUUCUUUCCAAAUCCAGCAUCUAAAGUAGACCCAUUGCACCUUGAGUACUUUGUCUUCUCUGGAAAGGUGAUUGCCUUAGCCUUGAUGCAUAAGAUACAAGUGGGUGUUGUAUUUGAUCGUCUAUUCUUUUUGCAAUUGGCUGGGCAUCCAAUUACCUUAGAAGAUAUAAGGGAUGCAGAUCCCUACUUAUAUAGUAGCUGCAAGCAAAUCUUAGAGAUGGACCCUGAGGUUGUUGAUCAAGAUGCCUUAGGUCUAACAUUCGUUCAUGAAAUUGAGGAGCUGGGAACAAGGAAGACCGUUAACCUCUGCACUGAUGGGAAAAGUAUUGCUGUAACUAGUAAAAAUAGGAGGGAAUAUGUUGAUUCUCUUAUAAAGCACCGGUUUGUAAUAGCUAUUGCUGACCAGGUAGACCAUUUUGUUCAAGGUUUUGCUGACAUUAUGAGUUGCAGACGUCUCCAAAAGUCCUUCUUCCAAUGCUUGGAACCAGAAGAUCUGGACUGGAUGCUACAUGGCAGUGAAAGUGGAAUCUCUGUAGAUGAUUGGAAAGCACAUACAGAGUAUCAUGGCUUUAAGGAAACAGAUGAUCAGAUAUCCUGGUUUUGGAAGAUUGUCGGAGAGAUGACAGCGGAGCAGAAAAAGAUUCUACUCUUCUUCUGGACCUCGAUCAAAUAUUUACCAGUUGAAGGUUUCAGUGGUUUGGCUUCUCGGCUUUACAUCUACAAGACUUCUGAUUCCUCAGAACGGCUUCCUUCAUCUCAUACAUGCUUUUACCGAUUGUGUUUCCCUGCUUACCUUACGAGUGAUGUGAUGCAUGAUCGUCUUAGCAUUAUCACUCAGGAGCAUGUAGGUUGCAGCUUUGGGACAUGGUGAAAAUAUGUGGAUUUGGGGGUUGUGCAGAAAAUAGAAUUUCUCUUAGUUUUGUACAUAAUAGAUGACUCUCGAGACUUUUGGUUAUUUGGCAACUAGACGACUAUCUGAAGAUGGAGGUGUUGCUACAUGUCAUGUUUUCUUUGACAACGAUUGUAACUUCAUCCUCUCUUUAAACUGUGGAUAUGGGUUUAACUUAUUAAGUAUAUAGAUGGCAAGAAUGGUGAGAUUUUUGUACA